AUGCAACAUAUCGCCGCGCCCAUGUUGGCAAAGAAGCGCAGUAUAUAUUGUCUGCAGCCGUAUGAGGAGAAUCAGUCCACUGGAACUGCAGCUAUGAAAGUGAACAUGAAGGUCUUCCUUUUCCUGGGUCUGGCAGCCUUUGCUGCUGCAGGCAGCUUUGAGUCCUAUGAAUACCGACCACCAAGGCAUUCCUCUGAGGAGUCCUACGAGUCAGGCGAGGCUAAGUACGACUUCAACUGGGCCGUCAGCCACGAUCCUUCAAGCAACGAGUUCGGACACCAGGAGGCCCGUGACGGCGACGAUACACAGGGAUCCUACUACGUGCAGCUGCCCGACGGCCGCCUGCAGACCGUCAAGUACUUCGUGGACGGCGAUUCUGGCUACGUGGCCGAAGUCAGCUACGAGGGCGACGUCUCCUACGAAUCUGCUUCCUUUGAAUCUCGAGAGUACAGGCCUCCCAGACCUCGCUAUUUCUACGACUCCAACGAAUCAAAGUAAAUUCCUGUCGAUGAAAACUUAAAAUUCUUCAAACAUUAUUUAUUUAUACUAAUACAAUAGCAUGCGAAUUAUAAGUUUGUGCUUCAUAAGAUUAAGAUAUUUAUAUAUACCUUGUGUAUGUAUACAAGCAUAUAUACUAAUUGAUUUAAUGCAUAAACCAUAUACCCUUAUAAUUAUCUAGGAAUUAUCUGAGUUUGUUUUCUGUAUUCACGUUAAAUAAAUGCAUCAAGCAUA